AUGUCUAUGACUCUGAAUUUUCUCGGAGGAGCACCUUUUCAACUGCUCUACGAUGGUGUUAAGUUGGCCAUGAACAAUACUAGUAAGUUCAAAACCCACCUCAGGUGUUUGAAAUUCACUCUUGAUUGUCUACAGCCACAGAUCAUAGAACAGAUUAGAUUGCAGAACCUGCAGCUGAAUAUCCCCGUCCAAGAAAUACAAGUACUUGAGAGGAAAAUUGAUGAAGGCAUAGUGCUCGUUGGUCGGUUAUCAAGCAUCAACACUUGUAACAUCCGCGUCUGGGGAAAUUGCUGCAACUGCUUGAUCGUUAGCUAUGCAGACCAGCUUGAUGAGUUGGAUGAGUCUCUCAGACGUCUGCUGGAAAUACUGAGGCUGCAGUCAUUAGCUCAAAUCAACCAGAUAGGGAUUUGGGCAAGGACAACAAGGGAUAGACAAGAUGAGCUGGGGAGAAGACAGCUGGAGAUUCUUAGCAACCAGCGACUUAUUAUUGAUACGCAGCGGCAAAUAAUAGAGAUGGUUCAAAAGAAUAGUGUUGCAGCGUCAACCGGAAAAGGAUCUCCUUCUGUUCAGGGGUUGCGCCUUGGAGAAGUAUUUCAGACACUGUUUGAUGCUGUUGUACAAGUAAAAGGCAAAAAUUCCAAGUUCAAACGACUCCUGGAAGAUUUCAAGUUCACACUGGAUUGCUUGAAACCACUGGUACAAGAGAUAGUAGAAUGUAACAAGGUAUUGCAUUUUCCAAAAGAGGAAAUCUUGGAGGAUUUCAUAGUGUACUUGAAGAAAGGUGAAGAGCUCGUUUACAAAUGUUCCAAGAGUUCUCUGUGGAACAGGUUCAAAAAGUUCAAGUACAUCAACAGCCUUUUUGAACUAGAUGAAUCUCUUCAGAGGCUGUUCAAUAUACUGAGAUUGCAGAUAGAAACUGAUGUGAAGGAGGCCUUGGUUUCUGUAAGCAAGUUGGAAAAGGAAAUCGAGGAAAUUGAAGGGAGUUUUGUGCUACAACAUCAUCAAUAUGAAAGCGCUGCAGCUGAACCUCAAUUGCCAAAAGUUGAAGUGGAUGUAAUGAAGGAGUCUAUGGAUUCAAUAGGGAAUGUAGAGGUGGGAGAUGAAAGUCACAUGCGAACUGAAGGGAGUAGUCUGGCAUCCCGUCAAAUUGAUGUUGCUGUAGAGGAGGAGGAGAGGGAGCCUCUAUCACCUACAAUAUUAGCUGGGAUCACAGAAUUAUUUGAUUCGGCACUGGCAAGAAGUAACAUGGAGGUGGGAGACGAACGAACCGUUGGGCAAGGGGAAGAGGAUAAAGAAAUAUGGCAACUCCCGUGUAAAGUAGCAGAGAAGGAAACCACAACACUUGCAUUUCCUAUUUUGGCUUUUAACAAAAGGCAAGCGUCAGUAGAAACUGUUGUGAAAACUUACGAAGGGCACUAUGCUGCGGACACUAGUAGUUCUGAAUAAUGCUAUCCAAACAAAAUCCCAGUACACAGCCCUAUUCAGCUCUUAUGAGGCAGCCUGUAAGCUCGAUUCGGGUUUACAUUCGUUUGAUUUAUCUCUCCAACAGCGCACUAGCCGAGUCUUCAACUCACUUUCCACUAGAGUUACAGUGAGGUCCCUAUCAUUAAACUCACUCAAAGAGGUCUCUGAUUGGUUGCUUGACACAAACCAGGAAGUGGUCAAGGUACUUCUGGAAUGCAAAAAGGAUAUAUGGAACAAUCAAGAGAUUUUCUCUCUAGUGGAGGAGUAUUUUGAGAACAGUCUCCAUACAUUGGAUUUUUGUACUGCCCUAGAGAGUAGAGGCAUGUCUCAAGCGUGUUGUAAACAAUCAGCUCAUUAUCCAGGCUGCGGUGAGGCGGUUUGAGGAAGAAGUGGAAGCUGGUCUUGAAGGGAAUGUUGUUACAUUUUAAUACUUUAAUUUAUUUUGAAUUUAUUUGAGUGAAUUUAUUUGGGUGUUGCUUUCAGUUUUUAUUUUGAAAAAACCGUUUUACAUU